CAAAGCCGCGCAUCCAUCAUUCAAAAUAGGCUUCCUCUAUAAUCCCAUUGAAAUAACUUAAUGUUAGAGAAAGAGAACACAAAUAACAAAUUAAAGAUGUGGAAUUAUGCAAAACAAUCACUCCGCUCAAUUCAGAUUAGAAGUGCAUCCACGCAGUUAAUCAGCUUAGGUUUAGUGCUGUCAACGGCCUUUAUAAUAUGGCAAUUGCUUGUUCUGGUAACCGGAACCGAAGCUCCUGUGGUGGUUGUUCUUACCGGUAGCAUGGAACCUGGAAUUCGAAGGGGCGAUGUACUGUUCCUUCACAACAAGAACCGUCCUAUCAAUUCGGGAGAGAUUAUUGUUUUCAAGAUUGAGGGAAAGGACAUCCCUAUCGUUCAUCGUGUGAUCAAGGUCCAUAGGCAGCAUGAUUCAAAUGAAGUCAAUCUAAUGACUAAAGGUGAUAAUAAUGCGUUGGAUGACAGUUACGGAAUAUAUGCUGAUGACCAAGUAUGGCUUGAGAAUCAUCACGUAACAGGGAGAGUGGUGGGGUAUUUGCCAUAUAUUGGCUGGGCAACCAUCCUCAUGACGGACCAGCCUAUGUUCAAGUAUAUUCUGAUUUCUGGACUAAGCUUGCUGUUCAUCGCCUCAAAUUAGAGUAUAUCUUGCAGAUGACUGUAAAUUGCGAAUAAGUACGAGUUGUUGAGUUAAAAUAAUGAUCUUAUUACUGAUGAGGAUGAGGUUUGAUGUUUUCAGUAUCAUCUAGCUAAAGCUGGCGUAAAUUAUUAAUGUCCAUAUUGUUAUCUUAAUGUGUUUGUUAGGAUAUCAUCCUUUGUUCACACUCCGUGUAAUAUGAAUACUUGAUUAGAGAUACUAUGUAAAUUAAUUUUAUUGAGAAUUAUCAAUUAUCCCUCUUCCUUAUAAUAGUUUAUUCACUUUCUUUUAA